AGCGGGAGGGGAGAGAAUGUGACAAGUGCCGGCUCGGGCGGCCGCCGGGAGGCCGCGCGCACCUGUCCCUGCCCAUCUCGCGCCGCCCGCGGCCGCUCGGACGCGCGCACAGCCGCCCCCCGCCGCCCGAGCGCAGAGCGCGCGCCGAGAACAUGACUUCUGCCUUCAAGCUGGAUUUCCUCCCGGACAUGAUGGUCGAGGGCCGCCUGCUAGUUCCCGACAGAAUUAACGGCACAGCCAACAAGAUGAACGGCGCUUUGGAUCACUCAGACCAACCAGACCCAGAUGCCAUUAAGAUGUUUGUCGGACAAAUCCCCCGGUCCUGGUCGGAAAAGGAGCUGAAAGAACUUUUUGAGCCUUACGGAGCCGUCUACCAGAUCAACGUCCUCCGGGACCGGAGUCAGAACCCUCCCCAGAGUAAAGGUUGUUGUUUCGUAACAUUUUAUACAAGAAAAGCUGCACUUGAGGCCCAGAAUGCACUGCACAAUAUUAAAACUUUACCUGGGAUGCAUCAUCCCAUUCAGAUGAAACCUGCCGAUAGUGAAAAGUCAAACGCCGUGGAAGACCGAAAAUUGUUCAUAGGAAUGGUUUCGAAGAAAUGUAAUGAGAAUGAUAUCAGGGUGAUGUUUUCUCCAUUUGGCCAGAUAGAAGAAUGCCGGAUUCUCCGGGGACCCGACGGGCUGAGUCGAGGCUGUGCGUUUGUCACAUUUUCUACAAGGGCAAUGGCACAGAAUGCAAUCAAAGCCAUGCAUCAGUCUCAGACCAUGGAGGGCUGCUCCUCACCCAUCGUAGUCAAGUUCGCGGACACUCAGAAGGACAAAGAGCAAAGGCGCCUCCAGCAGCAGCUGGCGCAGCAGAUGCAACAGCUCAACACUGCCACCUGGGGGAACCUGACGGGCCUGGGCGGACUCACCCCGCAGUACCUGGCGCUCCUGCAGCAGGCCACCUCCUCCAGCAACCUGGGUGCGUUCAGUGGCAUUCAGCAGAUGGCUGGCAUGAAUGCUCUGCAGCUACAGAACCUGGCGACGCUGGCAGCCGCCGCGGCCGCGGCCCAGACCUCAGCCACCACCACCAAUGCAAACCCUCUGUCCACCACGAGCAGCGCCCUGGGAGCCCUCACAAGUCCGGUGGCUGCUUCAACCCCCAACUCCAGUGCUGGUGCGGCCAUGAAUUCUCUGACCUCUCUUGGGACUCUGCAAGGGCUGGCGGGAGCCACUGUCGGACUGAAUAAUAUUAAUGCACUAGCAGUUGCUCAAAUGCUCUCAGGUAUGGCGGCUCUGAACGGAGGACUUGGCGCCACGGGCUUGACGAAUGGCACGGCGGGCACCAUGGACGCCCUCACGCAGGCCUACUCAGGGAUCCAGCAGUACGCGGCCGCGGCGCUGCCCACUCUGUACAGCCAGAGCCUGCUGCAGCAGCAGAGCGCCGCAGGCAGCCAGAAGGAAGGUCCAGAGGGUGCAAACCUCUUUAUUUACCACCUUCCACAGGAGUUUGGAGACCAGGACAUUCUGCAGAUGUUCAUGCCUUUUGGAAAUGUUAUCUCUGCUAAAGUCUUCAUUGACAAACAGACCAAUCUGAGCAAGUGCUUUGGUUUUGUUAGCUACGACAAUCCGGUGUCUGCACAAGCUGCUAUCCAGGCUAUGAAUGGCUUUCAGAUUGGCAUGAAACGCUUGAAGGUCCAGCUGAAGCGCUCCAAAAACGACAGCAAACCUUACUGAUCCUAACCCCAGAGGCUCCCUGCUCUUAUUUUAGCUUUCUUAGGGUAAGUCCCACAAGCCAGCCUGUUCUCAACAGGAAAGGCAGAGGAGGACCACAUUGCCAACUUUUACCAAGAGAGACGGUUAUUUUUACAAUAAGGCCUCCAUGUCCCCUUCCCGCUCCCCCGUCCCCGUUCGCCAUAAUUAAAACUCGGGCUACCUUGUUUCUAUUGAGUAAACUCCUCUUCCAGUUGUGCCACUGUAUUCUCCUUUGUUUUGCAAUUUGAAUCUCCUUUUACCUUCGUUUUGUUUCCGUUUUUUGUUUCUUCGGUUUUGCCUUUUUUUUUUUUUUUUUUUUUAAGAAAAACACACAUAAAUAAAUGCCAUCUUGAGAAUUUAAAAGGCAAACAAAGGCUAAUGUGCAAUUCUAACUCUGAGACCCCUGGUGCCCCAGAGCACUGCCUGGAGAAUUCACCCCUCCUUGUCCGCGCCCACCCUCGAGGAGGGCGCCGACCGUUUAGAGGUUAAGGUGGUGGCGUAGCGCAAGAGAGAAGCCAGGAGAAGCACUUAAAACACCACAAACGUCUUUCCACUACAUUUGGUUCUGUUUUAACAAGUAGGAUUUUAUUUUAGGGUUCAAAGAAACAUGACAUUUAUUGGUCAGAUUAUUACACUGGUUGUCUAUUUCGUUGUUUUAUUUUUAGUUUUUAGAAAGGAUUAAUGUAAAAAAAAAGAUUUAGAGAUCUGUUUCUUAAAGCUACAGGGUUUAAAAAUAAAAUAAAAAUGAGUGAAAAUACUUGAUGUUUCUUGAAAGAUAAAUUUAAUAAUAAAUAAAUAAUACAUAAAUACAUAAAUAAAAAAGAAAGCCACAGGCCUGUAAAUUUUAUUUGUAAAAAAAGCAUUUCUAUUUUUGUACAAAAUUUUUACUGCCUCAGAAAUAAUGGAAGUUAUUUAUUGCCUAUUGUUAACUUAUUGGGUACCUAAAGAGCAGUUCUCUGUGCUAGCUAGAUCCUUUUGAAGUAGUCUCUAGAGGAAUCGUUCUAGGAAUGGGCUUUUUUUCACCGUUGAACCCUAGGCCUACAGUUCAUGCUUUAUCCUCUCGUUGUUCGUAUCUGUCUGAUUAUUUUGUUCGUAACUUCCAUUAUCUAGUUUACAGUUCAGUCGUCUGACUCUCCCCAUAUGUUACAUCCGUUGAAACUGGAUCCUCUCCCCUUGUCCCUUGCCAGCCCCCAUCCCAAAACACCCAGAAUCCAUCCCCUCUCCUCCUCCGGAUGGAUUCUCUUGGGGUUCCAUUGUGCUGUGGAUAAAGAUUGUAAGAAAUGCAAAUUACGCGAAUGGCUCGUAGACUCCCUAAUGACCUAAGAUUUGCAUUAGUUUUUCUCCUGCACCCUUAAGAGUGAUUUUGUUGCUGCUGCGUAGAUUCUGUGUAACUUUUUACUCUCCCUUGUUUUCUCCCUAGACAUCUUCAUGCCCGUUAGUUCACCGUUUGCCUAGCAUGUCCCUGUGGCGUCUCAAAAAAAAGUUUCAUCGUCCCGUCAUUGUUUCUGAUGUCUUUCUGACCUCACAUCACAUUUGGUUCUCCUACUGACCUUUGAUCUAGUUUGACCUUUGAAAUUUGCAUGUGACCUCAUCUAGCUAUUGAAUUCUGGGAAGUCAAUGUGAAAAACAUUGCUGCAUUCAUGCAAGACUGAAAUUUAUUAUUAGACAAAUUAAUUAUAGAAAAAACCUGUGGCAAAAACGUUUCUUUCUUAUUUUUUUUUCUUUUCAUAAAACAGACUUGAAAGUAUUAUACAGGGAUUGGCAUUCUUCCCGGUCACUGGUAACAAUAGCAAUAUGUGUCCAGGGACACAGAAUGUUGGUUUCUAACAGACUACUUCCAAAAACAGUUUGAGAAAAAAACUGUCUGAUUUUAAGUCUCUAGAGGUCUGUAAUAGUUUUUACAUUUUUCAGGCAGUGUAAAGUUUUUUGAUAAGGCCAUUUUAGGUGGCUCACUUUCUCAUUAAGAUAUAUAUAUAGAACCACUUUUUGUAGAUUAGUAUAAGAAAAAUAUUUACCCUGUUUUGGGGCAAAUGCUACCUAUUUGUGUCACCUUUUGCUGAACUGACUCACAGUUAGACAAUCCAUGGUUUAAUGCACAUGAAAUUACCUAUAUUUUAUACUGUUUCAAUGUACAGGAGAAAGGUUACUGUAAACUGUGUUACGUUGGUGCUUCUGUGAAUUAAGUUGUGGCUUCAUCAUGAGUCUUACGGUCUUAAUGUUCUCUGUUGAUAAGACAAGUUUAGAAUUGGUUUACUUAAAGAAUUUCAAAAAAAAAUGUUUGCUUAAAAAAAAAUUUCAUGUGAGGGGAAAAAAAAAAACCUAUUCCAGAAUAAGUUUUGUGUUGGCUUGUAAAGCAUUGAUGUCAUUUUUUUUUUUUAUUGUGGACUAUUUAGAUGUGUUUGUGUUCAGCAAAAUGUGAUUUUUUUUUUCUUUUAAAGAAAAAAAGUGAAAAUAUAUAGUGCCAAAUUCCAAAGGUACUUCCUUCCUAGAGCUUCAGUGUGUUUCUUGUGAGAAGUAAUUUGAUAACAUGGGUAUUUUAUUAUGUGUUUUGUAUAAAUCCCUAAUAUUUAAAAAACAAAAAACAAAAAAAAAGAGGUUAAAAAGUUUGUUAACUUGCUAUCCUGUGGUCUUGUUGCCUGAAAUUGUUAUUGUUUGUUAUUUCUCUAUGAUGUUUUUUGUAAGACAUUGUAUAAGUGCCCAUGUCUCACUUUUUUAACCGCUCUGCACAUCAAUGCUGUGACGGCAACCUCACAAUGUAUUUUCUUCAUAAUAUAUGGAAACCUCUAAGGUGAGAAAGUUUUGAACUUUUAACCCUUUCUACCCAGAGCUAUCUGGAAUGUGGGUAACUUUUUAUACUGUCAUCAUUUUUCUUUGUUCCGGGGUGUUUCUAAUUUGGAUCGCCCCCCCCCCCAUACAUCUUUUUUUUUGUCUUUCCUACUUUUUUUAUCCAUUGGUUGAGACCCAAAAGAAGAAAACUCUGCAAGGCAAAUCUGAAGGAAAAAGAAUAUACUUUAACUCUCUCUGAUUUUUUUUUACCCUACACCAUUUUUUUGUUGUCGUUUUGAUUAUUUCUCAUCAUUUAAAAAAAAAAUCCGUAUGCUCCUGAAAUUCCUUCUCUGGUUUUCAUUAAAAAGUUUAUUGGCUAAACCUUCUAAAGGGGGAUGGAUGGUAGGCAGAUUCAGCACUUACAUUAACCUUAACUCAUGUAUGCUUUUGAGAUCAGGUUCAGGGGUCUGUUCUAGUGCAGAAUAUUUUCAUUCUACUUCCAAUUAAGCGACUUUGUGUUGAGGUAGUAUUUUGAGGAAUUUUUGUGUCUUACAUGCUUAAAAAGUUAAUGAUGUUUCUCAUCAGCCGUUGUGCUGAGCAUUCUCUGAUCCCAGCAGAUACCUCUGAUUAAGCAAGGUGUCUGGGGUUAGAAGCUGAUAGCCCUUUCCCUUUGGGUUAACUUUAUUAACUGAAAUCAUGUACAAGGGACUGACCACGGAAGUAAAACUCUGUUCUUUAUCACAGUUACUGACCAAAUACCUAGUACCAGGUCCUCCUGCCACUUUGUCAAGUGCCAUAGUACUUGGACUUCGACUUCAUGUUGAACAGCUCUGGCUGUCUUGACAAACCCCUAGGUCAUCCCUCAAGCCCCAACACAAACUCCCGCCUUCUUGAAAGAGGCCCUGGAAGCUUCUUAGUCUCUAAAGGAGUUCAGAAACUGCUGGCUCCCUUUCCUUCCUCCUUUUUCCCACUCCCCACUCUGCUUGGUUUCAUGUGGAUGGGAUAGCCCUGGGAUGGAAAGGACUAGCCUCUAAUGAUGCAAAAAACAAAAACAAAACCACAAACUCAAAACAAGUUUCCUUCUUCCAGCACACGCACUUACAACGAAACGAUCUGUAUUAUCCUCACACGUGUUUACUACUGCUGGGGCCUUCCUUCAUCCUUUGAGGGCUAUUUUGUACUUCCUGCAGCAAUCAGCUUAAUACCAGAAGUUACCGCACGUGUCUCUCACAUACAGCACAGGGUGGCUUGUGGAUGCACAGAACACAAGAGAACACCAUCUGAGUUUCAGACUGUCCUCUCCUUUCACCCGCCUGCAUCUCCCCAAGAGGAGCCUGAGUGCCGGUGACGGUGACCGCAGGCUCAAGACGGGCACUUCGCAUUGGGUGUCUCUUCUUUUGCAGGCAGCCAAACAUUGAAGGGCAAAGUUUGGGGGUUUCUCUUGUUUUGGUUUUUUGUUUUUGGGGUUUUUUUGCAUGUUUGCAUUGUUCUUAAAGCUAACCCUCAGAGACAAACUGUCCUUUUACUCACUUAAUCUUUUAAUAUAAAAAGGAAAAAAGCUGCAAGGGUGCAAAGGGCCUGUGCCAGAAGAAAAAACACACAGGAAACUGUUUUGUUUUGUUUUUUUUUAAUCAAGUGUAGAGAAUAGUCGUUUUUAAACUAAAUCCGAGAAUUGUGAGAAAAUGGCCGUCCUCAAAGGCGUAACAAGUUCAUCUUUCUUUCACCAUAGGGGUUACAGUUCUUUGGCUUGUGCUACUCUGGACUCAUUUUACUGUUUGUUUUUAUUAUCUUAAGUGCUAAUUAACAAGAAAUAAAAUUUUAAAAAAACCUGUAGUUUCAUUACCUUUUUGAAUAAUGUCAUACAAAAAAUGUAUUUGUGUUUUUCUGUGCUGUGAGAAUUGUUGUUUGUAGAUUAAUAAUAUCAUUUUGUUUAGAAUUACAAAAUAGUUUUUAAAUAUUGUCUGAGAAAAGCCAAAGUUAAUGCAACCUAGUGGAAACUGUAAGACCAUUUGAGUAUUGUUUGUUUUAUUGAUGCAUUUGGAUUUUGUUGUUUGAUGGAAUUUGAGCCAAAAAAAAAAAAAAAUACGCAGGCUUUCCUAUUUCUACAACUGAUUGUACUUACGCAUUUUGUACCAGUGGAACUUUUUAUACUGGAGAUUAAAAAAAAAAUGGAAAUUUUUGUGGCUUACUCUAGUGGGCCCCCUGACAAUGACUGAUUUCAAGUUUGAUUUCUGGUUGAUAGAAAGAAAGUUGCUUUUCUUUUGAGAAUUAAAAACUUUGGCUUGAUUUCUUUUUUCCCUUUGCUUAUAUCUAGCAUUAGAAUUUUGUCUUAAAAUACAGCGGUAAGUUUCACUUUUUAUUCUGUAUUGUGCAGUUACACAAUAAGGUAAUUAGAUUUAGAAGUACUCAGUCACUUUAAGUGGAUAAAUGUAUUAGUUACAACUUUAGGGGUUUGCUUUUUUGCUGUUUAGAUCAAAGUUUUUUCUGAUUCUUCUGUCCUCAUUGUGAACAUAACCGUGUAGUUGAAACAGUCAAACUUAUUUUUGUAACGUAUGUUAUUGUGUGAUGCAGUUUUUUGCUUCUGUCUCCAAUAUUAAACCAUUUUCCUAAUACUUGUUUCUCUCUCUGCGUGUUGUAUUGUUGGUAGUCAUUCUGUGUUGGUGAUGCAUCUACACACCUCACUGUUUCACGUAUCUGUUUUUUUUCUCUAUGUUGUGUAAAAAGAUACAGUCGAUUCCACCUAAGUGAAUAUCUGAUUUGGGGAAAGAGAAAACCACACACCAGCCACCUCCGAUUUAUGUACGACAAACAGCCCAUUUUAACCACUGCUUCCAAGACCGCCACUACUUACUGCUAUCUUUCACCUAAAUAACUGCCUCCGGUGUCGGAUUUGCCAAGACCUUUUCCGGUCUUGUGAGCACAGUGUUACAUUUCACCCUCUGUCCUCCCGCCCUGUCCCCCUCGCGGGUGCGUGUACGCGGCUCCUAACUAACACUCCCUCACAACCGCUCUGCUGCAUCACCUUAAGAAACGUCCCAGCAGCAGAGCCAGGGCUCCUCCCACCUCCCCACAAGGCUAAAGGCACGUGGGUGCAAAACCUGCUUAGAAACUCAUCACGUAUUUUAAAGAGGUGAGCUCUAAGGGAAGAACCAACCAACCGACCUGGUGAACAGAAGAUGGGAAAAGGGUUCAACUUAAGUUCAUGCGUUGCUAUUAAUCACUACCUACUUAUAGAAAGGUAAUUUAUUUUUAAGAGCUAACUGAAUCCAGGGGCAGCUUUCAUUAUUAAAAAUAACAGAAAACAAAGGAAAUCCUUCCAAGUGCUCAAUCUAGAAGCUCUCCUCGGAGAUGGGAGGGGAAGGAGGUAAAGGUUCUCAUGCUCACAUCUUCAUAAUCUAUCAUCCAUCUCCAAAUGAAAGCCAGGAAUGCCAUAUGCAUCCACACACUCCCUCCUGAACGAACAUCUGUUUUUUAAAACCUUGUCCCCCACUAUCACCCCAACCCGUUACCAAAAAAACGAAAGAAAAAAAACUCUUCCUCGUAGGCCCUCUGAAACUGAAGCUCCAAGCCCCUCUCCCUUUUCUGCCCAUCUCUUAAGCUCAGGAAUCUGACCGCUCUCCAAGUGCUCUUAAAAGAUUCCACUGAUGUUUGCUCCCUCUGUCUUAGCUCUCCUUCCAACCUUUCAGACGCACAAACUCUGUCUGACUCAGGCCACCCGGCACCGGGCAGCGUUCCUCUGGCUGCCAGUGAGGUUUUCCCUGCAGGUGCUCAAGCCCUUCGCCCUCUGGUUUCGGCGGCCCCUCUGCUCCCUAGGUUGCCUUUUCUGGUCGGCUCCACGACAGAGGGGCCCGGUGAGGCGGAGGAAAGGAGGCUCUUUCCCCCCAUAGGCCGAACACCUCGGUGAAGUGACUUCUGCCAGCUCCAAACCUGCACGGACAGGAGCUGACUUCCAGCCAAUACUUCCGCUUUAAAUCUCACACUUCAUGAGACUGCCUGAGAACCCACCGCUUACCUCAGUGGGGAAAGAUGGCUAAGGGUGUGUUUUGUUUUCUUUUGUUGAUGGGGGAGGGAGGGAGAAGGGGGUAAGGAGGGUGAUUAAUUCUUUCCGAGAUGCAAGUGUUUCUUUUUAAAAUCUGUAAGUAAUACAACUAUAUAUAUAUCCACCAUUUGGCACAAGGCAAAACACUCAUGCUAAGUAAAAGGGGAAGACAAAGCCAGUUUCUUUUGUUGUUGUUUUAGAAAAACAACACACAAACAGGAAUUCUCCAAAGAAGGGGACAAAACUGCUAGUUCCCUGAAGUGCUCAUGAUUGUACAGCUGGUCCCUGCUUGAAUUCAUACUUCUCAUUUUGAUUCUGUAAAACACCACUGCAGUGUCAGUUAGCGAGGUGUAUCUGUUUGCCACACACGGCCACCUUGGCAAACUACAGAACUGCCAACAUUUACCACGCUGACGGCAGCCACACACGUCUGCCCGGCCCACAGCACUUAGAACAGUCCGUGGGCUGGGACUCUUAGCUGGCAGGCUAGGAAACACAGUGAACAUAAAUGUACUGUGAAUCGUUCCUGAUAAGUGAAUAAAACAUUGUGACCAAACAAUCAGCUUAUUCACUUAUCAGGAAUCGACUGUUCUGCUAAUUCGCUGUUUUGUUUUUCAUCUCUGUUGUAGCUCACUAUUUUUGCUGUGUUCUGUUUUCUCCUCUCAUGCUUGGGCAGAAUCACUGGGAAUACUAUCUUCAUGUGACCAUAAAACGUUUAUAUCGAGUGAAAUGAUAUCUUAACAAAAUCUAUGCACUUGCUAUCAGGAACACAAUACUGGAUGUGUCUUAUAUAUAUUGAACUAUAUAGUACUCGAUUUCUUAAAUAAAGCUUAAGAAAGGA